ACCUUGUAUUCAUAUAAAAGCUCCUCUUACGCAGCAUCUGUAUUCAUUUGACGAGAGGAAAUCUUCUAGUCUAGUCGCAAUGGCAGCUAAGUUGGUUAUAGUGCUCGCAGCCAUGGUGGCCGUGGCCCACAGCUCAGUGGUGCCAGUAGCCCGAGCAGAUACCGACUACACGAGCUUCGCGUACGACAUCGCGGACCCCAACACCGGCGACUACAAGAGGCAAGUGGAGACCCGCGUCGGCAGCAACGUGCAGGGACAGUACUCGCUGCUCGACGCUGACGGAACCAGGCGCACUGUUGACUACGCAGCCGAUGACGUCAACGGCUUCAACGCCAUCGUGCGCAAAGAACCCGCUGUUGUCGCUGCGCCCGUAGUCGCCGCUGCGCCCGCAGUAGCCGCUGCGCCCGCAGUAGCCGCUGCGCCCGCAGUAGCCGCUGCGCCCGCAGUAGCCGCUGCGCCUGCUGUGGUUGCCGCCCGCACUAUCGCCGCUCCCGCUGUCGUUGCAGCACGAACCGUCGCCGCUCCCGCCGUGGUCGCGGCUCCUUCUGUAGUAGCCGCACGUACAUAUGCUGCUCCCUCUGUCUACGCCGGUCCUUCAAUCUACAACUCAGUUGCUGCCAGUCCCGCGGUAGUAGCUGCCCGUAGUCUUGCUUCACCGUAUUACGGCUACUCAGCACCUAUUGCUUCUUAUUGGUAAAUCGAGUAAUGAAAAUAGACUAUUAUUAUUAUAUAAAUAUAAUAUAUAACAAAUAAGUCAUAUAAAUAUUUGUUGUUGCUUAUGUGUUCAAUUUACAAAAUUUCAUAUAAAACAUUUAAAUGUGUAAAUACAAACUAAUUUAAAAAUA